AUGACCAUGAAUCAUGAUUAUGACGUCUUUUGUUCACCUAGACAAGCCCGAAAAUGGGUAGAUUUCCUCUGCUUCAUUUCAAAAAUUGACGACCCCAAAUCACAUACAGCCUUUCAAAAACAUGUCAUCGUGUCAAUCAUCACCUUGUCUGCGUUUACGGCUCCAUUUGCUUCCUCAAUUCUCUUCCCAUCGUUCACAUCUCUCGUCGAUCAAUUCCACACGACUGAUACGCAAGUAGCCCUCACGACCACUGUUUUUCUUAUCGGCCUCGCCAUCGCUCCUCUCUGGUGGAGUUCGCUAAGUCAACAAUAUGGACGGCGUCCCAUUCUCGUUGCCAGCUUUCUUCUCUCCGUGGUCGCGGUGAUUGUCUGUGCCGUCUCCAACUCGCUUCCUUUGAUCAUCGUAUUUCGUCUGAUUGAGGCCCUUGGCUGUUCGUCUGCUCAAAGCGUUGGGGCUGGGGUUAUAGCUGAUAUCUAUAUACCGACUGAGCGUGGCACUGCUCUAGGAUGGUUCUAUCUCGGAACUCUGAUCGGGCCUUUGAUCGCUCCUAUUGUCGGUGGUGCUCUUCAAGUAUGGCUUGGCUGGCGUGCAAAUCUGUUCUUUAUGGCUAUUUUCACAUUCUGUACAGCCAUGCUAACAGUAUUACUUUUGCCGGAGACUCUCGUCAAACCAGCGGCCGAAGAGGCACCAAAACUAUCGUUUCUUCAAGCAGUUCGACGAGAUGCUCUGGCUCCCUUUUCCAAGCUCAAGUUUCUACUGAUCCCCUCUAUCGUCCUAAGCAUAUCAUAUGUCAGUAUAUGUUUCGCUAGCUUGUACUGCUUCAACACCACACUUCCAUACGCUUAUUCCGCCGCGCCUUACCACUUUUCUGCCAUUGAAAUCGGCCUUUGCUACAUAAGCAACUGUCUUGGAUAUGCUAUUGGCAGCGUUGUUGGAGGAAAACUUAGUGAUGCAAAGCUACGCCAAUAUCAGCAAACUCACGAUGGCGCAGUUGAACCUUCCGUACGUAUACACACGGUGUGGUAUGGUGUGGGUUUCGUCCCGGCCGGCCUGAUCAUAUACGGUUGGCUUGUUGAGGAGAAGACGUUUUGGUUAGCGCCUCUUGUAGGUGCAUUCCUCUUCGGUCUCGGUCUGAUGCUCAUAACCUCCACUAUCAUGCCCUUCUUGGUCGAUGUUGUGCCAGGGGCAGGAGCUUCAGUUGUCGCUGAUCUAAACCUUGUGAGAAACCUCCUUGCUGCUGUUGGCACAGUUGUCUCUCCCAUUGCUGCAGACAACAUUGGAUUUGGAUGGUGGAUGACCAUUUUGGCAAUUCUGUGCUCUUUAGCGGUACUCUUUGUGGUGGUGGUUGUGUGGAAGGAUGCAACAUGGAGAAAAGCUAAGACUGGGCCGGAAGAAGCUGUUUAA